AUGUGUUUCAAGUUUCAUUUGUUGCUGUUAUUGGGGAUUAUUGCUACUGAACGGAUAACAACAGCAUCAGCAUCACCAUCGAUUGUGUCGCAGUAUUAUAAAACAAAUCAAUUUGCAACGGACUGUGGUAUACGACCGCCCAGACGAGAACCCAGAUCACAGCCAUCAACCGAAGAUCCCAACAGCUCGCGUACAGCUAAAAUUAUAGCCGGAACUUACACCAAAGAAGGACAAUUUCCCUGGCAAGCUUCAUUAGAACUACUACACCCUUCAUUGGGUUUCCUGGGGCACUGGUGUGGUGCUGUACUUAUACAUCAAUAUUGGAUUCUCUCAGCUGCCCAUUGUGUUCACAAUGAUCUCUUCAAUUUACCGGUGCCACCUCUGUGGACAGUGGUUCUAGGGGAAUAUAAUCGUGCUAUCGAAUCUGGUUAUGAACAGAGAAUACCAAUCGAUAAAAUAGUGCUGCAUAAAAGCUAUCAGAAUUUUUUGCACGACUUGGUUCUCAUGAAACUCUCAAUGCCGGCAGAUCUUUCGAAAAAAUCGAAUAUCCGAAGAAUAUGUUUACCGUUUCUCUUCAACGAUCCCAACCAUGAUGACGAAGAUGAGGAUGAAGAUUUACAAGAGGAUGUGGAAGAUCCGUUGGUUUGGGGUCUGGCCGAAGUGCCCGAUAAAAUGGAGAAUUUCUUGAGAAGUGUACAAACUAUGCGACGUUAUCGUAAUGUUACCAUACCUACCAUGAAAGAAUUGAUGGAUUUGAAAAUAUUAAAUCGUUUGAAACGCCAACAGAAUGCAGCGAAAGACCGGGUUGCUAGAAAUUUUAAAUCCUCUCGUAGAAGAAAUGAUAAGAUCAUGAAAAUAUUUCAAUAUUCAAAUGAGUACGAGGGCAUUAGUCAGGAGAAACACUAUCAUCAUAGAUUUGUGGAUAAUAAUCUUGAUUUGCCGUAUAUUGAUUGUGUGGCCACGGGUUGGGGUAAAGCCAAUCUAACGGGCGAUUUAACGGAUUUGCUAUUAAAGACAACAGUGCCGUUGCAUAAUAAUAGGAGAUGCAGAGAGGCUUAUGGUAGUUUUGUGAAAAUUCAUCGUGGACAUUUAUGUGCCGGAAAACUCAAUGGCAAAGGUGGCACUUGUGUGGGCGAUUCGGGUGGUCCUUUGCAAUGUCGCCUCACUAAAAAUGGUCCCUGGAUAUUGGCGGGUAUAACUUCAUUUGGUUCUGGCUGUGCUAUCGAAGGUUAUCCAGAUGUUUACACCAGAACAUCUCACUACAUGAAAUGGAUACAAGAUACAAUAGCUUUUGAAUAGCUCUAACACUUUUAACUCUUUUUAAACACCUA